GAUCAGAGUGCGGAGCACGAGAACGUAGAACUAACUCGUAGAUACAAACGAAUUUUAUUUUCGCGACUUUUGGGAGGAAACGAAAAAAAUCAACGUAUUCCCCCGUACGAACGAUCGAUCAGAGCAUUGCAAACUGUUGCGGGCAACGGUCAAGUCGAGUCAAGAGUGUGCCUGUUGUUGCUUCUGUACACCAACAGCAACAGCAACAACAAACAAAAAAUUGUGUGUGUUUUUAGUGUGUGUGUGUUUGUGAGUGUGUGUUCCCACAAGAUCUCCAAAAUCCACAAAACAAAAAAUUGAAAAACCUGGGAAAAACAUUACCGCGAUACUUUUACCACCAUCCUCAGAAGGAUGUUGGGGCCUUUAAAUUAACACAAGAUGCAAAAAAUGAACAAAAAAAGGGCUACAAAAAUCAAGCAAAGUGCAUAAAAUCCAAAACAAAAUAAAAAAAAAAGAAGACACAACUUUAACGCAACUUUGAACGACUGGGAGCAGCAAGUUCUUCUUCUUCCCGGUGCUUUUGUUGUUGUUGUUGUUGUUUUUGAUUAAAGGCGCGCGUUUAAUUUCAUUUUUUACGCUUCGUCUUUUUCUUGCGGGCCUUUUUGAUUCGCUGUUCAACUUUUUCGGGUUCCCUCUUGUGUAUUUUUUUUUCCUUUUAGUAGUUUUAAGUCCCUCCGUGUGUGUGUGUGUGUGUGAGUGACUCCUUUUGGACUGACUGGUUGGCUCCUUCUGGGACACUACACUUUGGGCUCAGUACGUCGUCAGCUUUCUCCGUGUGCGUAUGUGCAAAAGUGAUCGCAAUGUGGUUCACAUUGUCAACAUUUGACCUCGUCAUUCAGUACCAAGUCAUUCAGUUGCGACCAUUUAACUGUAUUAACUUUCCCAGCUAAACAAAAACGCAACUCAAAAUAAAUCAGGGACAACAAAACAAAACAAAACAAAAAAAAAAAAACACCAACCAACUCAUCACGCUUGAUUAAUUUGCAUCUCCGAUCUCACCUCUCUCUCUCUCUCCCCUUCACUGUUGCUCCCUUGUCCCCCAACGGGUUAACAACCAAACAACCAACCACUUAACAAUUCCAAAGUGAAAGAAAUCAAACUUGUGCCGGGUCACAAAAAUUUGUAUAUUGCCGCUGCAUUUGGCGCGGCUUGGAGCGAUAUGCGGUUAUUCAUGGUAAUUGCAAUUUUAAUAUUUGCAAUGCCAAUGACUGGAUUCGGCUGGGCCGAGGGUACAAACAUCCUACUCGAUCCAAAUCUAAUGUGCAAAAAGACUCGUCGUCUACGUGGCAAAUUGGCCGAAAUCUGUCGACACGAUUCGGCUUUGCUCAAAGAGAUCAUCAAUGGCAUUAAUCUGGGUUUCCGCGAAUGUGAAUUUCAAUUUCGUAAUCGCCGUUGGAACUGCACUGUUUUGCGUAAAAGCAUGAGGAAAAUUUUAAUGCGCGAUUCGCGUGAAACGGGGUUUGUCAAUGCCAUCACGGCAGCUGGGGUUACCUAUGCAGUUACAAAGGCCUGUACGACGGGUCAAUUGGUGGAAUGUUCGUGUGACAAAUCUCAUAUGCGACGCAAUGGAGGUCAACCCCAGAUGGUGAAUGCGGCAACUGCUGAGGCAGCUCUGGAACGGCAGCAACAGGCUGCUUUGCUGCGUCAACAGCACCAACAUUUGCCCUUGCAGCAGCAACAGCAGCAGCAGCAACAGCAACACCUACAACAGCUGCAACAACAACAGCAGCAACAAUUGGUUGGCAAUGUGACAUUUGAAUCAAAUGCAACUAUGAAACCCGGAAGAAAUGGAAGACGUGGUGGCAAACGUCGCAAAUUUUGGGAUAACAUCAAAUUUCCUCAAGGUGAAUGGGAAUGGGGUGGAUGCAGUGAUAACGUUAACUUUGGUCUACGUCAUUCGAGAGCCUUUCUGGACGCCAAGCAGCGACAACGCAGAAGUGAUCUGGGGACACUGGUGAAGCUGCACAACAACAAUGCUGGAAGAUUGGCAAUACGCGAUGCCAUGCGGUUGGAGUGCAAAUGCCAUGGUCUAUCCGGAUCGUGUACGGUGAAAACAUGUUGGCUAAAGAUACCUCCCUUCCGAGAGGUCUCUGCCCGACUCUUGGAGCGUUACGAUAAUGCUCGGAAGGUGACGCUACGCAACGAUGGCAACAGUUUUAUGCCAGAAAUCCCGCACACAAAACCGGCAAAUAAAUACCAAUUGGUCUAUGCCGACGAUUCACCUGAUUUCUGUUCGCCCAACGCCAAAACAGGUGCCUUGGGCACACAAGAUCGAGAGUGCACCGAUACCAGUUGCGAACAGCUGUGCUGUGGACGUGGCUAUAAGCAUCGAGUGGUAGCCGAAUGGACCAAUUGCAAUUGUGUCUUCAAAUGGUGCUGUGAGGUGACAUGUGAGAAAUGCCUGGAGCAUCGCGAAGUCAACACUUGUCUGUAGACUCUAAGGAAACUAUAAUUGAUAGAGAAGUUUUUGAAAAAGCUUUCCAUUUCGCGUGAUAGAAAAAGAAAAACCCACACACAAACACAAACCUUUUCGCUGCAGUCCAAUUAAGUAUUAAACUAACCGUUAAAGAGGAGUAGAGAGUUAAUAGGAGAAGUAUGUAGGCUUUAGGCCCUUAACUAAUUAGUUGUAAAUACAAUUUGUAAAUAGUUGUAAUAAAACAUACAUUUAGAGACAGAGAGCAAAAAUCAAAAAAACAACA